CAUGGCGGUUACAGCAGUGUAAGAUUGCAUUCUGUAUAUUUGAAUACGUAUUUAUCUUAUUCACUAAUUUCUAUACGCAUGUAAAACAGCUUAAAUAGAUAUUAAAUUGUGACAUAGCAACGAAAUAACUGUUUAUAAGUCCUUUAAGGGUUAUAGGAUGACAUUAUAUCGUAUUAACAAUUCGUCCAAUUUAUUGAGAGCUUUGUCACGCGUCCCGCACACAGCAAAUACGUCAUUAGGCGAAAUGCAGUACACACGAUAUGCAGUGAUACCUCAAAACCGUAUGAAGAAUCUCCACGUAACGAGUAUUCGUGGUUAUCCUGAUCCCCCUACUCUACCGCUUCCUACAAACGUCUCCGAAAUAUUUGCAAACGAGACUGGUCGAUUUAGUCCGGAAAGAUUGCGAGAUAUUGCUGCACCGGUACUCUUACAUGGCAAAAAUGAUUGCAAAUCAUUUUUUUCGGAACAAUUAACGAAAUCACCAGAGCACUCAUGCAGAUUGGAAAAUUCUAACGAUACGCACGUAGAUUCGUACGACUGUUUUGGCGCUGUCAGUUUGAAUAGCACAAUGCAAACUAACGUACCGAAACCGUUUUGCUCUAAUGGUAAAUCAACAUACUUGAAUAUGCCGGGUGGUCAGUGGGCCAGAGACGGAAAAUACAUCGCCGAGGACAUGCAGAAAUCACAUUAUCGAAGCAUUCGUAUAUCUCAACUGAAAUUGGAUAAAAAUGGUCUGGCAAAUCAUGUCGCAACGAAUAUUCUUUUACAAACAAUAUACAAACCAAGCUAUACCUACAUAAUGGCAUAUUCGACAAAAGUAGCUCCGCCGUUAAAUAAUUUAACAAAUUCUGAUGAUAAAAAGGAAGUGAUAUCUAAUGAAUAUAUAUCCAAGAAAGAGAGGUUUAAAAAAUUAGUAAAGGAUUACGGAAUUACUGCUACUAUUUUUCACAUAGGAAUUUCUUUAAUAUCUCUUGGUGCUUGUUAUACAGCUGUGGCUAGUGGGAUAGAUUUAGAGCCUAUCGUUAAAAUGUUCGUCAGCUCAAAAUAUGAGGACGCACAAAGUUUUCUUAGUAAUUCAUCCACUUUUUUGAUUGCAUACGGUAUUCACAAGGUGAUGAUGCCUAUUCGACUUACAAUAACAGUGACCGUACUGCCACUUCUUGUGAGGAAGUUACGAAAAGUGGGAGUAAUUAAACCUAUAAAAUAAAAAUAAAUAAGCACCAAGAAAGCAGGUGUUAAGUGAUCGCGAUUACAACCAUUAUGUGUUUA